CUGCUGCAGCCCCCCCGCAGCCCCCCCCCACCCGGACCCCCCCUGCCGCCCCCCGGAGCCGCCUGCGAGGCGCGCGAGUGCGUGAACUGCGGGGCCACGGCGACGCCGCUGUGGCGCCGGGACGGCACCGGGCACUACCUGUGCAACGCCUGCGGGCUGUACCACCGGCUGAACGGGCACAACCGGCCCCUCAUCCGCCCCAAGAAGCGCCUGCUGGUGAGCAAACGCGCCGGCACCGUCUGCAGCAACUGCCAGACCAGCACCACCACGCUGUGGAGGCGCAGCCCCCGCGGGGACCCCGUCUGCAACGCCUGCGGGCUGUACUACAAACUGCACCGGGUGAACCGCCCGCUGACGAUGCGCAAGGACGGCAUCCAGACCCGCAACCGCAAGGUCUCGGCCAAGGGCAAGAAGCGGCGCCAGGGGGGGGGCGCCGGCCCCGGGGGGGUCCCCGAGAGCUCGGCGGGGCCCCCCCUGCCCCCGCCCGCGCCCCCCCAGCCCCUGCCCGAGGACCCGGCCGCGCUCUUCGCCCUGGGGCCGCUCGUCCUGUCGGGGCACCUGCUGCCCUUCCCCCCCGCCCCCGCCGGGCCCUUCCUGGGGGGCGACUUCGCGGUGCCCCCCGGGCCCGUCGCGGCGCCCCCCGGGCUGGGCCCGCAGCUCUGA